UUCCUCUCUUUCGCUGUCGUCUUCUUCCUGACACGAUCGCCGCUCCACACGAGGACAAAAUUAAACUCCUCGCUCCUCGUCGCCUACGUUCCGACACCCCUCGCAGGCUAUCGCAGCCUUUUCCGCCUUCUAUGAGUUCAAUCUUUUCCCUCUCUCUCCCAUCCCCGAAAUGUCGCCAUUGGCUUGCCAUGGCGAGACUCCCGAGGCGGAGAACCACACUUCGCUGACCUCCGUGACGCCCCCACCACCGCCACCGCUAGAUCACACGCCUCCCAGCGACUUGGCGAUGGCUUCCUCGCCGAUCCUAUUUAACCCGAGGUGCCCCAUCCGCGGCUCCCCAGGCAUAGGCGCAGACCCCGGUCCUAGAUCGCUCCGAUAGCCCCGCGGGGUUAAGGUUAUGCCGGGCGGGCAAUAAAGGUGCCAUUUUUAUUGCUCUGUGUUGGGAACCGUCCGAGCAGUGUUGUCGCCGUCUCUUUUUUCUUCAUCUUCUUUGACUCUGAAUUGACAAAUGCCCUCCUUCUCAUUGUCUUGCCGACGCCAUUGAUCUUUCUUGGAGAUCGUCAGGAGGGAAUUUGGAAUGCUUCAAGUAGGAAAAGAAACUGUCAGCUGGGAGGGCUUCUGGUUGGUACGAAAGUUGUAAAAGAAUGACCGAGACGAGAAGGCAUUCUGUCGAUAUCCCUUUAUCUAGAACCCUUGUGGCUCUCAAGAGAGUACGAUCGUUGAGAGAUCCUGAUACGAGUUCACUGAGCAAGAUCGCUGCUUUAGUCGACAAUAUCGUUUUGGAAACCAGCUCUUGCAAUGGCGUUAUUAUUGGAUCAACCAAUGGGGGCAGCAAGCAGAGUCUUGCACAAAGAGACGACAUUCGUCAGUUGCAAGGUGCUAAAUUGGAUCCAGCGAAGCACAGCUUGUCGUAUUUCCAUCCUUUGGUUCCUGAUGCAUCUGCAACUAGAUCAGUUAAGAACGCGUGUGUUCAUGGGUCCUGUAGUGGCAAUAUGUGCAGAUCCCUAGACUCAAAGUUGAUGCCUUCUUGUACCGAUUGCCUGGAAGAAGAACUAGAUUUGGCUCACAACGACAAGUUCCAACAACUUGAAAUGAUACGCUCUUCAUCCUUAAAGCAACCUUUAUAUGGAGGAUCAUAUUGCAGCAAAGAAAUUGAUCUUAUGUGCAAUGCAGAAACUCAAUGCGCAUGUAGCGUUGGAUCUUGUAGACGUGCCUUGUGCCGUAAACCAAUUGACCCUACUACCGAAGAGUGUGAUCUUGCUUUCCUAAAAAAUGCUACGGGUGUACACAACCGCCACUGUUCUAGAGUAUCGAAAUUCGAUGGUCUAAAGCAUCCUUCUCAUGUCGAAGUUCGGGAAUUUCAGUUGAAUUCUCAAUUUGAUAAAGAAUCUGUUUUUGGUGGAAGUGUUCCAUCAGAAGAGGAAACCAUGAGCUUAAUUGAAAAAUAUAAGCCUAAAAUGUUCCAUGAGCUAGCAGGACAAAGUGAGGUAACUCAGUCUCUAUUAGAUGCCAUUUUGAGAAGAAAAAUAGCACCAAUUUACCUUUUCCAAGGUCCUAGAGGUACAGGAAAGACCUCAGCUGCUAGGAUCUUUGCAGCUGCUUUGAAUUGCCACUCCCACGAGGAACGUCGGCCUUGUGGAUCUUGCCAGGAUUGCAAACUUGUGUUCACAGGUAGGAACAGGGAUGUUGCGGAACUAAAUGCUUCAGAAACUAAUCAUCAAGAGUGGUCGAAGUUCCUUUCAGAAAGUGUUCUUGCUCCACGUUCCACGCGCUUCAAAAUUUUCAUCAUUGAUGAGUGCCAGCUUAUUGAAAGGAGUAUAUGGUCUGCCAUUUUCAAGACCAUGGAGAAGCUUUCCAAACAUGCUGUUUUUAUUAUGAUUACUUCUGAACUGGAUAAGUUGCCUUGCGUGACUCUGUCUUUGUGCCAAAGGUAUCAUUUCCUGAAAUUAAAGGAUCAUGAUAUAGUUAGCAGAUUGCAAAAAAUAUGCAUGGAAGAAGAAUUAGAAGUUGAGGAGGAGGUGCUUAUUUUUCUCGCGAAGGAAUCAAGUGGUUCCCUUCGCAAUGCAAUAGCAACACUUGAUCAGCUCGCUUUGCUGGGUAAAAGGAUAACAUCAUCUCUUGCUUUUGAUCUUAUGGGAGCCAUUUCUGAAGCUGAGUUGCUCAAGCUGCUUCAGGCAGCACUAUCUUCAGACACUUCUAGUACUGUUAAAAGGGCAAGGGAGCUUAUGAGCACUGGAAUUUGUCCGAUGAAGUUGACGUCUCAGCUAGCAAAAAUUAUUACUGAUAUUCUUUCUGGUGGAUGUGGAUCCGUCGGUUCCAAAUCCAUUGCUGGAGCCAGUAAGGAGAAACUGACCAACGCAUUGAAAAUACUGGUUGAAACUGAAAAGCAACUCAGAACUUCGAAGGAUAAAUCUACAUGGCUCACUGCAGCUCUUCUUCAGUUUAAUACAGGAGAAUCAUUUCCCCCAUCCAGAAUGAAUGAUUCUAUGGUAUCUCAAAAAUUUGCUCACUCAACAGAUGACUGUAAGUGUUUGUGCACAUCACCUAAGGAGAGUGUAGAAAGUUCUACUUUUUGCGACAAUGAGUUAUCCACUUUAGAAAAGAAUUAUGAUGAAGCAGAAAUGAAAUACAUAUGGCAUAAAACCAUUGAAAAUUGCCAAUCAAAAUCACUAAAAAGCUUCUUAUGGAAAGAGGGAAGGUUGUCAUCUAUUCUGGUGCAUGAAGGCUCGACGCUUGCCGAUGUAAUAUUUCGUGAUCCUGAUCACGCCCUUAGGGCGGAGGAAUUCCGGGAAGUGAUUGUAGCUUCUCUUGAAAGCAUUCUCAGUUGCAAUGUGGAUGUUCGAAUCAGUCUUGACCCGAUAGUUACAGUUAAGGCUUCCAGAAAGAAAUCAUUCAGAUUUUUAUGCUGUUCUAGUGCAAGGCAAAAGGCAGCAUAUUCAUCUGUAAAAGGUACAACACUUUGUGGACUACAAUUGUGUUGUCGCUUGCCCUUGGAUUACCAAAAACAGGGAAGUAACAAGGAAAUUAACAAACUUUCUUCCCCUAGGAAAAAGGAGAAGACAUGUAUCAUGGCUCUAUUAUAUUUUAAAUCAAAGAAUAGUUGAAGUUCUCUUCAGUAAGAAAGGUUGCUCCUGAAAUCAAUGGAGUUGAAAUACCUACAUUUGCUUUUUCAAUUCAAAUGAACCCAUUAAGUAUAGAGCUGAAGGAGAGAAGGUGAGUGACUAAUGAUACUUUCUAUGUUUUCUUUUGAUCCGAAUGCAUCUUUUAUUUUUUUCAAAAAAAAAUUGUAUUUUGCAUUAAACUGCCACAUUUUGGUGGAAUCUACUAUCUUGUUCUCUGAUUAAUCUGAUGUAGAUUUUGCUUGAAUCUGAAACA